CUACAACCAAAGUUUCUUUGUACCAUUCACUCCACAGCCCUUCCCCUGGUCAUCACUCCCAUUUUCUUUUUCAUUCUGUCUGUUCACCCUCACCCGUGAAUUCUUGAUAUCUCCCUUCAAACCUCACAUUACAUCUACACUUGACUUCUAUACAUAGAAUCCAAUACAAUACACCACAGCCAUCAUGCCUAAGAUUACCGAAAUCUUCUUCGAUUGCGACAACACCCUAGUCCUCUCCGAGGAGUUGGCCUUUGAGGCAUGCGCCGACCUUACAAAUGAGAUCUUGGAGAGCCGCGACAUCUCUGAUCGCUACACAGGGGACCAGCUGAUCCAAGACUUCGUCGGUCAGAACUUCCGUGGAAUGAUGAUCUCCCUCCAAGCCAAGUACAACUUCAAGAUGCCUGAAGACGAACUUGAAGCGUUCGUUAAGAAGGAGGAGGACAAAGUCAUUGCUAAGCUGGAAGCAAAAGCUCAGCCAUGCGUUGGCGCCAACGAGGAACUUGAGAAGUUGUACAAGGCCAAGAAGUACCACAUGGCAGUUGUCUCCUCAUCUGCCUUGCGCCGUGUCCAGGCUUCCAUUAAGAAAGUCGGACAGGACAAGUUCUUUGACGAGGACAUGGUCUUUAGUGCUGCAACCUCUCUCCCCAAGCCCACCUCUAAGCCCGACCCGGCCAUCUACCUCCACGCCCUUGAAAAGUGCAAUAAGAAGUCGGAAGAGACUGUUACUGUCGAGGACAGCAAGUCUGGUGCGCUUAGCGCCAUCCGUGCCGGCAUCCACGUCAUCGGCUACGUUGGCAGCUACCCCGGCGAUGAGAAGAAGCGCGAGAUGACGAAAGCCCUUAAGGAUCUUGGCGCCAAAGUCAUCAUGAAGGACUGGUCAGAGUUCCAGGACUGUCUCUCUCAAAUCGAGUCAGCUUGAGCAGACUAUCCCUCUCACCAGUCAUCACCUCUCCCGAACGUCGACACGAAGUAAUGACAGCAAGCGCAAUUGGACUCCAUUGAACAUGGGCCGCUAUCUUCGAUUACACUUAAUUUCUCAUUCCGGCUAUUAUAUUCAAUUCCAUUCGGUCGGCUUACCCGUUCGCGGGGUCUGUCCUUUGCAAGGGCUCGACCAUUUCCCUUUUUGACCCAGAUUAUUUAACACGAUAAUC